ACGCGAGGCCGGCCGGCUGCGCCCCGGUCGCCGCGCCGCGACCCGCACACCCCACGCCGUGCUCGCCGGCUCCCACGCCCCCGCGCCGCGCGCCCGAUCCGUGCGCUCCGAAGACCCCCCCCACCACCGGGCGGCCGCCGUUGGCGAUGCUGCAAGAAACUUCUUAAAUGACCGCGUCCCGCUGCCCCGCCGAGCGUUUCUGGGUUGGGGAGAGGAAAGGAAAGUGGAAAAAAACUGAGAACUUCCUGAUCCCUCUCGCUGUGAGACAUGUCUGAGACUCCUGCUCAGUGUAGCAUUAAGCAGGAACGAAUUUCAUAUACACCUCCGGAGAGUCCAGUGGCCAGCUACGGGUCCUCAACUCCGCUUCAUGUUCCAGUGCCUCGAGCGCUCAGGAUGGAGGAAGACUCGAUCCACCUGCCAGCGCACCUGCGCUUGCAGCCAAUUUACUGGAGCAGAGAUGACGUAGCCCAGUGGCUCAAGUGGGCGGAAAACGAGUUUUCUUUAAGGCCCAUUGAGAGCAACACGUUCGAAAUGAACGGCAAGGCGCUCCUGCUGCUGACCAAAGAGGAUUUCCGCUACCGAUCUCCUCAUUCAGGCGAUGUGCUCUAUGAGCUCCUCCAGCACAUUCUGAAGCAGAGGAAACCUCGUAUUCUCUUCUCACCUUUCUUCCACCCUGGGAACUCUAUCCACACGAAGCCGGAGGUCCUGCUGCAUCAGAACCAUGAAGAAGAUAACUGUGUCCAGAGGACGCCCAGGCCACCUGCAGAGAGUGUGCACCACAACCCUCCCACCAUUGAACUCUUACAUCGCCCUAGGUCACCUAUCACCACAAACCACAGGCCUUCUCCUGACCCCGAGCAGCGGCCCCUGAGGUCCCCUCUGGACAACAUGAUCCGCCGCCUCUCGCCAGCUGAGAGGGCCCAGGGGCCAAGGCUCCAGCAGGAAAAUAACCACCAGGAGUCCUACCCCCUGUCAGUCUCUCCUAUGGAGAAUAAUCACUGCCCAGCAUCCUCGGAGUCCAACCCGAAGCCCUCCAGCCCCUGGCAGGAAAGCACACGAGUGAUCCAGCUGAUGCCCAGUCCUAUCAUGCACCCUUUGAUCCUGAACCCCCGGCACUCGGUAGAUUUCAAACAGUCCCGGCUCUCCGAAGAUGGGAUGCAUAGGGAAGGGAAGCCCAUCAACCUGUCUCAUCGGGAGGACCUGGCUUACAUGAACCACAUCAUGGUCUCCGUGUCCCCGCCUGAAGAGCACGCCAUGCCCAUCGGGAGAAUAGCAGACUGUAGACUGCUUUGGGAUUACGUCUAUCAGUUGCUCUCCGACAGCCGGUACGAAAACUUCAUCCGAUGGGAAGACAAGGAAUCCAAAAUAUUCCGGAUAGUGGAUCCCAAUGGACUGGCUCGCCUGUGGGGAAACCAUAAGAACAGAACAAACAUGACCUAUGAGAAAAUGUCCAGAGCCCUGCGCCACUACUACAAGCUAAACAUUAUCAGGAAGGAGCCCGGACAAAGGCUUUUGUUCAGGUUCAUGAAAACCCCAGACGAAAUCAUGAGUGGCCGGACAGACCGUCUAGAGCACCUCGAGUCUCAGGAGCUGGAUGAGCAAGCGUACCAAGAGGACGAAUGCUAAGGACCCACCACGGCCUCACCGGCUGGCCAAGAAGAAACCUGCCCACGGGGACCGCUGGAGGCGUGCUGGAGCAGGCGGACUGGGGAUGGCUAAGAAAGAAGAGGCCCAGGAACGGCAGGAACGCUUCUCUUCCAGACUGAGAGGGACCCAGAGCACCUUAGACAAACCACCCAGCAAACGGCGGGGCUGGAAUUCUGGCGGAGGGCACAAGCCUGAGACACACAGGUCACAUUUGCGUCUCCUUUGGACCUCUUGUCCUUAGCGCCUCACCCUCACCCUGCACCUGUUGUUAGUCUCACGGUGUUUCUGUUUUUGUUUUUGGUUUUUUUUUUCUGUGUUUUUUUUUUUUUAAGAACAUGCAGUUUGACUAUUCAUCGUUCAUACAGGGGAAGACAUCACAUGUUGUUUUCCUAUGGAAAUAUAUCUAUUAUAUAUAUAUUAUUUUUUAUGCAAAUCUCACAAAGUACGGCCAGCUCAGCUGGUCAGGAAAGAGACUUGCAGAAGGGAUCAGGCUCCUCUUUCUCCCGCCACAUGGAUCAGGUUUGUCCUGUUGCAGUUGGGUCUUGGAUGAGAAAAAGAAAAAGAGAGGGAUACUUUCAAAGCAAUGAAAGAGAAAGUUCACUCUGUCCCCCUCCUGCCCCCCUUCUCUCAUUCAUCCUAUCCCCCUCUGCCUUCUCUGCCUGCUGGUCCAUGUCACAUGCCUUUUAACAGACCUAGCCUCGCUAGCACCUAAGCUAAAGAGUGACCGUGGCCAUCAGCCCAUAACCAGACCCCUGGGGCACCCAUCUGAAAGAGAUCAAACACCUCACAAAUGCUGCUGUAUUUCAGAAAGAUCAGUGGAGGUCCGGUUAUAAGAUAGGCCAAAGGCUGGUCCAGUGAUGUGGAAGGCCCUGGCAGCUUGGGAUUAUAUUGAACAGAGUGCCACAAAGUGGGAAAAUACGAGACGCUCACACAGACCUAGGUCCAGGGUCUAGGCAGAGCUGUUCUGCAGUGAGGAACAGGUUGUGCAGGCUGGGGAGAAAGCAGAGCUGUCGGUUUCAUUCCCAAGACUUCUUGCCCUUGUGGGAUUGCUGCCACCCCCACUCCAGGUCCUAGCCUUUUGUUGCUUUUCUUUGCUGGUCUUCACUGAACAUAAAACACAGAAGAGAGGAUCCUGGUGCGUGGUGUGCAGACUCGGCCACAGCUGGUAUAUGCACAACCAGCACAGACGGGAAAGUCUUCAUUUCUGCUCUUGUCAUCGCUGUAUUUCGAGAAGACAUAUCUGUGGCUUUUUUCACCUCGACAUAAGGUCGGUAGUAUCUUCUAAGAUGAGGGGAAUGCUUUGCCUUAGGACUUUUGAUAGCAGAGAUUUUUAGAUGACUGUUUAGCUUCAAGGGAGAUUUGGGUUUUUUUUUUUGUUGUUGUUGUUGGUUUUUCAAGACAGGGUUUCACUUUGUAGCCCUGGCUGUCCUGGAUCUUGCUUUAUAGACUAGGCUCUCUUCAAACUCCGAGAUCUGUCUGCCUCUGCCUCCUGAGUGCUGGGAUUAAAGGUGUGGAUUAAACCACAUCCAGCUUUUUCCCCAUUUUUACCGUCCAGAUGAACUCUUUGAACGGCAACGUUUUUAACCCAGGUGAUGAGGCCUGCCUUAUCCACCACCGCUUGUCUUUCCUUUGUGUCUUCCACACCCUGAGUGAACAUCUCCCUGCCCUCUGUGUGUGUGUACUCGACCAGAGGCAGUACACAGGUGAAGCUCGCAGAGAGAAACUGCCCUCCAACCAUUCCAAGUGAGGCACAUAGAGGCUAGGAGUACCCAGGCAUUUCCCUCUGGGCCUCACUCACCAGACAUCAGCUCACAGACAUGCAGAUGGACUAUGGUUCAGAUACUGGAACUGAGUUGAUCGGGCUGCUUUAGUCUUGGCUGUGACUCCCGAGUCCCUCCCCCAUCUGCCUUCCAAGAGGUCAGUGAGCUUCUGGGUGAAGAGUUUGGGCUUAGUAUUCAUUUGUGGGUGGAGAUGAGAGCCACAUGGUAUGUUUCUUGACAUAAAGCAGGCGAUACUUUAUUUUUCUUGGCCUCUAAAAUGACUGGUACCUUAUCUCAAGUGGGGAGAUUAAGCCAAAUUCUUAUGUUAUAUGAACCCCUGGGUUGAACUAGAGAGAAAGGGUGGGGUUUUUGGUUUUUGUUUUGACUGAGGUCCUGUGUAUAACUAUGAAAUGAGAGAUUAAGACACCUCAUUCUGGCCACUUUGCCCACGUGCAGAACCCUGUCUCUCACUGUCCAAAGAAUCUUCCAGAUUGACUGGGGAAGGAAAUUCCCUUGUUCCCUAAGGGCCCUGGAUUAAAAGCAUAUGAAAGUUUGUAAGGCUUGGGACGGCAGCUUCAGCCGCUUAUGUUAGAAAUGCUCAUUGCAGUGCGGUUGUUAUUUCCCACCCGGUAUUUACAGUAAUGAUUUAUGCUGGUUCUCCUAACUGCAAAAGUCCUCAUUUGUUUUUUUGGGGGGCGGGAAGAAGACAAGGCCGGUGUUGUCACCAGGGGUACAGUGCUCUCUCAGGCUGCAGACUCAGAACCCGAGGGCUUUUGGGGUGUGUGUGUGUGUGUGUGUGUGUGUGUGUGUGUGUGUGUGUGUUUUCCAUCCACCAUGAUCUUCUAGCUCAACAUUAAGUUUAAGAGGUGAUGGAACCAAACCAAGAGCUUGUGUAUCAGGUGACAUGGGGCCCUUUCUCUGUGGCUGUCAUGGGUUGGGUCAGGAAAAGGAAUUUGCAAGAAAGCUUUGCCUCGUGGAAGGUAGACGUCAUCACUUAGGUCCUGGAAUUCUCUGUCCCGUGUCCUUGACUAGGCGGUCUUCAGGUCUCCAUCAGAAGAAAGCAGGGGUUGGACGUUGACAGUGACUUCUCUCAGAUCUUCUUGAUCUAAAGCAACUUGGUGACAUCCACAGUCAGUGUCACUAAUGUUCCGUACCCAUUUUCGUCUUUUGUUUUCUUAAGGAGAAGGGGCCUCCUAAGAAAAGAACAAAACAAGCUAUAGGCGGCUGGCGGUUUCUCCUUCCCCUCUGACCGAGCAUCUUUCACACUAAUCCCUUGUCCAGAUACGAAUGUCACUUGAGCUGACGUUAGCCGGCCGUGAGCGGACUGAGUGGCCACUCUGCCCCCUCACACUGUCAGGAUCCAACCGUAAGCACGUGUUGGCAUAGCCACUGUUGUUGGCAGAAGAGAACCCGAGAGAGGUCGUGUCACUUACCCUGGGAGCAGAUAGCGUGACACGAACAGAAUUAGAGUCGGGCUCCAACCUGAGUGUUUAGAAUGCAGCUAGAAACUAUACUGGCUUAAAGCCCCGUUUGGUCCAUCCCCAGCAGAGAGACUUAAAGACGCACAGGGUGGUUCGCACUGCCCAGUCAUUCGGUGCUAGACGGAGCUCAGCCUGCUCCUCUUCUGAACAGAAACCUAAAUUGAGUGACACAAGAAAGCCAGUGGGGGCAGGAGCACAGAGGACCACCCGGGCUCCUGCCCAUCCGCGAGGCGCAGAGAACUAACCCAGAAUUCUAUUGGCCCCAUCCGCAUCAACACUAAACAACAGCGAACUCCCGGUCUCUCACCCUCGCAAGUGAACACUUGUGAAGAUUUCUCUUUGCGACUGCACCCACCUGCAAGCCAGAUGAAUCUAGAAUGAAUUUUUGUUGUUGUUGUUUAGUUUCUAAUCUCUUGUUUAUGAGGUGUGGGGUUUAUAAGGGACUGAAUCAAAUGAAUGUAA